AUGGUUCUCGGACUUUCCGGUCUCUCUCUUAUCAAGUACGUUCAGUCGUCGCCAACACUUUUGCGUAUGCUUAAGCCCGUCGCCAACGCCUACGCCAACUCCACCGGUCACCGUCAGAUGGGUCUCCGAUACGAUGACUUGAUGAUCGAGGAAUCGCCCCGUGUUCAGAAGGCUAUCUCUCGUCUUCCUGAUAAGGUGGCCUACGACCGUGCUUUCCGUCUUCGUCAGGCCGCUCAGCUCUCGGUUCUUCACCGUGAACUUCCCAAGGAACAGUGGCUUCCGGCUAAGGAGGACAAGCGAUACCUCACCCCUUACGUCACAGAGGUGGCCGAGGAGGAGACCGAGCGUGCCGCAUGGGACACUAUUGCCGUCAAGAAGGGUAACUAA